GGGACACACUUUACGGGAACUGAAACGACGGUGGGGCAUAAAGAAUUCUGUCCGUUACAGAGUGCCCUCGUGGAAAAUCAAAUGAAAAUAAAAGUUACGUUCGAAGAAGAAUAUUCACUGAUCAGUCUACUCACUGACAGAUUCUUUACGGGUUGAUGAAAUAGAAAAAAGGGAAAUGCAUAUCCAGAAUAUUAUUUUGUCGAAAGGCUCUUCAACUUCAAUAAGGACACUUACGGAUCUCAUACCAUCCUUCCAAUUUCUGCUGCUUAGAUUUGCUUUUUCUGCGAUUUAGCAGUCAUAUUCACCCGAAAGUGUAAAACCUAACUCUCAGAGCUCUUAUUUACCCUCAAUUCUAGUAGAGAAAUCUACCCACUUAAUAAACAGACGGAGAAAUCUCUCCAACAAAACAACACAAGUGGAGAAAUCUGUCCCACUAAAGAAAAAUCCAACUCCAAAUUACCCUCAAUUUCAGUAGCAAAUACCCAACUCCAGAUAAAUCUUAGAUAUCUCUCACAUCUUUAGCCAUUAUAUUGAUUUAAUGGCGAAGCUGAUUGAGAGCUAUGUGUCUGUGCCCUUGACUGAAAGAGGGCGAGGGAUUCUGAUAGCAGGAGAAGCAAAGACCAACUCAAUCAUCUACUGUAAUGGGCGAUCUGUGAUUAUCAGAAGCUUGGAUAAUCCUCUGGAGACAUUUGUGUAUGGUGAGCAUUCAUAUCCUGCAACGGUGGCUCGCUUUUCUCCCAAUGGUGAGUGGAUUGCAUCGGGGGAUACAUCAGGGACAGUAAGGGUCUGGGGAAGACAUGGAGACCAUAGUCUCAAGUUGGAUUGCAAGGCUCUGACUGGAAGGAUUGAUGAUCUUGAAUGGUCAUCUGAUGGACAAAGGAUUGUGGUGUGUGGAGACAGCAAAGGCAAAUCUCUUGUUCGGGCUUUUAUGUGGGACUCUGGUACAAAUGUUGGUGAUUUUGAUGGACAUUCAAGGCGUGUUCUAAGUUGUUCCUUUAAGCCAACAAGACCAUUCCGCAUUGCCACUUGUGGAGAGGAUUUCUUAGUGAACUUCUAUGAAGGACCACCUUUUAGAUUCAAGACAUCACACAGAGAGCAUUCAAACUUUGUGAAUUGUGUAAGAUUUUCUCCCGACGGGAGCAAGUUUAUUUCUGUUGGUUCAGACAGAAAAGGGGUGCUUUUUGAUGGCAAGACAGGUGAAAAGAUUGGAGAGUUGUCUAAAGAUGGUGGCCAUACAGGAAGCAUUUAUGCUGCCAGCUGGAGUCCUGACAGUAAGCAGGUACUUACUGUGUCAGCAGAUAAGUCUGCAAAAAUAUGGGAGAUUAAUGAAACAGGGAAUGGAACAAUAAAGAAAACAUUGACAUUUGGAAGCCAAGGGGGAGCAGAGGACAUGCUAGUCGGCUGCCUUUGGCUAAAUGAUUAUCUGAUUACCAUUUCUCUUGGUGGCAUGAUGAGUUUAUUUUCUGCAAGUAAUCCAGAUAAACCACCAAAGCUAAUUUCUGGUCACAUCAAGAGUAUAAAUGCAAUUGCAUUUUCUCUUCACAACGGACAAAGUGAGAUUUACUCAAGCAGCUAUGAUGGCAUAAUUGUUAGAUGGAUACUUGGUUCUGGCUAUGCUGGCCGUGUAGAGAGGAAGGAUAGUAGCCAAAUUAAAUGCCUUGCAACAGUUGAAGGAGAGCUUAUAGCAUGUGGCUUUGAUAAUAAGGUCAGAAGAAUACCUUUGCUAUCAGAGCAGCAGAUAAAUGCAGAACCAAUUGAUGUUGGGGCACAGAUCAAGGAUCUUGACGUGUCAGUUGGUUGCCCUGAUCUUGCUUUUGUUUCCACUGAUGCUGGGGUAAUUAUUAUCCGAGGAUCAAAAAUGGUAUCAACCACUGAUGUUGGCUAUGCAGUGACAGCUGCUGCAGUAUCUCCUGAUGGAGCAGAAGCUGUCAUUGGUGGCCAGGAUGGAAAAUUGCAUGUUUACUCAAUCAAAGGUGACACUCUUGUGGAAGAAUCUGUUCUUGAAAGACAUCGUGGUCCAAUCAAUUCAGUCCGUUAUUCUCCUGAUGGAUCCAUGUUUGCAUCUGGGGACCUGAAUAGAGAAGCUGUUGUGUGGGAUCGUGUAACUAGGGAGAUAAAGGUCAAGAACAUGCUUUACCACACUGCUCGUAUCAAUUGUCUUGCUUGGUCGCCAGAUAGCACUAGAGUGGCAACAGGGUCUCUGGACAACUGCAUUUUGGUAUAUGAAGUGGGUAAGCCAGCAUCUGCUCGAAUCACAAUUAAGGGGGCUCACUUGGGUGGUGUUCAUGGUUUAGCAUUCAGCGACCAAAGUACUGUCAUUAGUGUGGGAGAAGAUGUAUGUGUACGUGUGUGGAAACUACCAUAGGUCUGUAGUUGGUGUAAAAUUUAAUUUAUAAUUAAGAUUAGGAAUAUAGCUGUUUUGAAGCAAAGGGUUAUCACUUACACCAACUUGUGCCAUGUUUCUUGUGCUUGUUUGCAAGCUUGAAAUUUUUUGGUGCUGUUUUUUUAUUGUGAAAAGUGGAAGAUAUAUAUCAUACUCUUGUGUUUAUAGAUAUUAAAUAUUUUAGCAAUGCCUCUUUAGGCUAGACAGCUGAGGAUAAAUUGAUGGAAGGGGAAGUUGACCGCUUAUAUGGUUGCUCGGAAAGGUAUAAUUGAUUGUAUUUAUUGUGGCUCGCACUGUGUACCUUCAAUUAGAAGUCAAGCUUAGAAUUUAAGUAUUUUAAACUUUUUUC